UCUGAGGCUACACGAUCUCCUACCUGUGAAAUGUGAGAAGUUCCUUUCACCCGGAAAAAGCAUUUGAAAAAUGACACUGGCAAAGUUUCAAGGGGCGGAGUUCUGUCUGAAAUGUGACAUCAGUUGAAUCUUUACUUUAAGAAAGUCACUGCAGACGGCACUGUGAACAAGAGCACAAGAGAGAAAAUAACACCAUGGGAUCGGGAGAGAUGUGGACGCAUUACUUUAUCUUGCUGGUUGCUGUUGACAUGGCUCACCAAUUGACUACAAUAGGUACAACUGAAUAUUCUACAAUCACGACUGAAACAAAUAAUGCAACCAUUCAGUCUUCAUCCACAACGCCAGUCUUCACACCCAGAGUCGAAACAACCAGCACGUCUAUACCAACGUCUACAGGGAGCUCCACCCAGACAACAACUGAAUCAGCAACAUCCGCUACAGCAAUGACUACUACAACAACUGCUUCCACUACAACUACUCCUCCUGGUACAAUAACAUUUGUUCCAUUAUCAAGUACAACACUAUUCACUUCAGAGACAACGAGCACAACAGAAACAACAACCACCCAGAGCUCCACCGCACCACAAACUAGUGGAACAACUACUGAUGUCAGUUCCACAACAUCAGAAAAUAGUCCAUCAUCAACCUCAACAUCACUCACUUCAGGGACAUCGAGCACAGAAGUAUCUACAACCACCGAGAGCUCCACUCCAACACAAACAAGUGAAACGACAACUGAUAUCAGUUCCACAGCUUCUGGAAUUUACUCAACAGCAUCUACCACUCCGACAACAAUUCCUGUUUCAACAUUUACAACAGUUCCAUCAUCAACCUCAACAUCACUCACUUCAGGGACAUCAAGCACAGAAGUAUCUACAACCACCGAGAGCUCCACUCCAACACAAACAAGUGAAACGACAGAUAUCAGUUCCACAACUUCAGACAUUUCCUCAACAACAUCUACCACUCCGACAACUAUUCCUGUUUCAACAAUUACUACAGUUCCGUCAUCAACCUCAACAUCACUCACUUCAGGGACAUCGAGCACAGAAGUAUCUACACCCACCGAGAGCUCCACUCCAACACAAACAAGUGAAACGACUACUGAAAUCAGUUCAACUUCUGAAAUUACUACAACAUCAUCUACUCCGCCAACUGUUCCUGUUUCAACAUUUACAACAGUUCCGUCAUCAACUUCAACAUCACUCACUUCAGGGACAUCGAGCACAGAAGUAUCUACAACCAUGGAGAGCUCCACUCCAACACAAAUAAGUGAAACGACAACUGAUAUCAGUUCCACAACUUCUGAAAUUACCUCAACACCAUCUACCACUCUGACAACUAUUCUUGUUUCAACAUUUACGACUGGUCUAUCAUCAAUCUCAACAUCACUCACUUCAGGGACAUCGAGCACAGAAGCAUCUACAACCACCAAGAGCUCCACUCCAACACAAACUAGUGAAACGACUACUGAUAUCAGUUCCACAACUCCUGAAAUUACCUCAACAACAUCUACCACUCUGACAACUAUUCCUGUUUCAACAUUUACUACUGGUCUAUCAUCAACCUCAACAUCACUCACUUCAGGGACAUCGAGCACAGAAGUAUCUACAACCACUGCGAGCUCCACUCCAACACAAACAAGUGAAAUGACUACUGACAUCAGUUCCAUAAUUUCUGGAAUUAGUCCAUCAUCAACCUCAACAUCACUCACUUCAGGGACAUCGAGCACAGAAGUAUCUACAACCACCGAGAGCUCCACUCCAACACAAACAAGUGAAACAACAGAUAUCAACUUCACAACUUCUGAAAUGACCUCAACAACAUCUACCACUACGACAACUAUUCCUGUUUCAACAUUUACAACUGGUCCACCAUCAACCUCAACAUCACUCACUUCAGGGACAUCAAGCACAGAAGCAUCUACAACCACCGAGAGCUCCACUCCAACACAAACAAGUGAAACGACCACUGAUAUCAGUUCCACAACUUCUGAAAUUACCUCAACAUCAUCUACCACUCUGACAACUAUUCCUCUUUCAACAUUUACAACUGGUCUAUCAUCAACCUCAACAUCACUCACUUCAGGGACAUCGAGCACAGAAGUAUCUACAACCACGGAGAGCUCCACUCCAACACGAACAAGUGAAACGACUACUGACAUCAGUUCCACAACUUCUGGAAUUAGUCCAUCAUCAACCUCAACAUCACUCACGUCAGGGGCAUCGAGCACAGAAGUAUUUACAACCACCGAGAGCUCCACUACAACACAAACAAGUGAAACAACAGAUAUCAGCUCCACAACUUCUGAAAUGACCACAACAUCGUCUACCACUCCGACAACUAUUCCUGUUUCAACAUUUACAACCGGUCUAUCAUCAACCUCAACAUCACUCACUUCAGGGACAUCGAGCACGGAAGUAUCUACAAUCACCGAGAGCUCCACUCCAACACAAACAAGUGAAACGACUACUGACAUCAGUUCCACAACUUCUGGAAUUACCUCAACAACAUCUACCACUCCGACAACUAUUCCUAUUUCAACAUUUACAACAGGUCUAUCAUCAACCUCAACAUCAUUCGCUCCAGGGACAUCAAGCACAGAAGUAUCUACAACCACCGAGAGCUCCACUCCAACGCAAACAAGUGAAAUGACUACUGAUAUCAGUUCCACAACUUCAGAAAUUACCUCAACAACAUCUACCACUCCGACAACUAUUCCUGUUUCAACAUUUACAACUGGUCUAUCAUCAACCUCAACAUCACUCACUUCAGGGACAGUGAGCACAGAAGUAUCUACAACCACCGAGAGCUCCACUUCAACACAAACAAGUGAAACGACUACUGAUAUCAGUUCUACAACCUCUGGAAUUACCUCAACAACAUCUACCACUCCGACAACUAUUCCUGUUUCAACAUUUACAACAGGUCCAUCAUCAACCUCAACAUCACUCACUUCAGGGACAUCGAGCACAGAAGUAUCUACAACCACCGAGAGCUCCACUCCAACACAAACAAGUGGAACGACUACUGAUAUCAGUUCCACAACUUCAGAAAUUACCUCAACAACAUCUACCACUCCGACAACUAUUCCUAUUUCAACAUUUACAACAGGUCUAUCAUCAACCUCAACAUCAUUCACUUCAGGGACAUCAAGCACAGAACAACCACCGAGCUCCACUCCAACGCAAACAAGUGAAACGACUACUGAUAUCAGUUCCACAACUUCAGAAAUUACCUCAACAACAUCUACCACUCCGACAACUAUUCCUGUUUCAACAUUUACAACUGGUCUAUCAUCAACCUCAACAUCACUCACUUCAGGGACAGUGAGCACAGAAGUAUCUACAACCACCGAGAGCUCCACUUCAACACAAACAAGUGAAACGACUACUGAUAUCAGUUCUACAACCUCUGGAAUUACCUCAACAACAUCUACCACUCCGACAACUAUUCCUGUUUCAACAUUUACAACAGGUCCAUCAUCAACCUCAACAUCACUCACUUCAGGGACAUCGAGCACAGAAGUAUCUACAACCACCGAGAGCUCCACUCCAACACAAACAAGUGGAACGACUACUGAUAUCAGUUCCACAACUUCAGAAAUUACCUCAACAACAUCUACCACUCCGACAACUAUUCCUAUGUCAACAUUUACAACAGGUCCAUCAUCAACCUCAACAUCAUUCACUUCAGGGACAUCGAGCACAGAAGUAGCUACAACCAGCGAGAGCUCCACUCCAACACAGACAAGUGAAACGACUACUGAUAUCAGUUCCACAUCUUCAGAAAUUAGUAAGUCUCUAAAGCUUUGUCUGUUAGCAACGUACAUGGUCUCUCUCAGUGUCACCUAAAUAAUGUAACACAGAUCUAGUGCGGACAAUUUCCUGUUGCAGUUUAAAUAUGUAUUAUACGGCCCUAGCUUUUACACUCAAUGCCUCUGCUAGUGAAGGCUAGCCUAUCAAAUGACUUCUUUAUCACGCUAUGAUGUUAUUUUUAUUCAUUUGGCCUGUCGAGUCUACUCCGCCAUUCAUUCCUGGCUGAACUAUAUUUCCCUCUGAACUAUCAACUUGUGAUGCACCUUUUCCUAAGUUCUGGACUUGCACCCCAAACCCACCACGAGGAAUGUUAACUAAUGUCUUACUGAAAUCUACGUGCUAGUUUCUCAUCUCCUCCUGUUUCAACAAUUCACAUUUCAACUACCCACUAUCCUUAAUGUUGUGAGUGAAAAAGGAAAUAUGCAACUAAUUUCACCUUGCCUUCCACGCUGAUUAUCUGUGUUUUAAUGCAGCCUCAACAACAUCUACCACUCCGACAACUAUUCCUGUUUCAACAUUUACAACUGGUCUAUCAUCAACCUCAACAUCACUCACUUCAGGGACAGUGAGCACAGAAGUAUCUACAACCACCGAGAGCUCCACUCCAAUUCAAACAAGUGAAACGACUACUGAUAUCAGUUCUACAACUUCUGGAAUUAGUAAGUCUGUAAAGCUUUGUCCGUUAUCAAUGUGCAGGGUUUCUCUCAGUAUCACAUGAACAAAGAAUAAAGAUCUACUGGAGAGAAAUUCUUAAUCCAGUUUAAAUGUGUAUUAUGACUUCCUAACUAUUAUACUCAAUGCCUCUACCAAUGAAGGCUGGAAUAUGGUAGGACUUCAUAUCACCCCAUAAACUUGUCAUAAGUUCAUGUUCAUAAGUCAUAGGAGCAAAAUUAUGCCAUUUAGCCUAUUGAAUGUACUCCUCCAUUUAAUCUUGGCUGAUCUAUAUUUUUGCCAUUAAUUGUUCAUUUUAUCCUAACAUUCAACCUGCCACAGUGAAACAACUCACACUCUCUCUGAUUACAGUGUUCUUCCAUCCCUCCGCACAAUUCAGUAGCUGAUCUAUAUCCCGCUGUGUACUCUGACAUCCUUCUGCACAUUCCACUACUCCCGCAAUCUUGGUAUUAUCAAUAAUAAUAUUAUUAACCAACCCGUCUGAAGGCUGGCAUAUCAUAAAACAUAUUGUUCCAACAGUAUGAUUAUAAGUUCGUAAGAUUAUAAGUCCCUUGAGCCGAAUUAGGCUAUUUGAUCCAUCGAGACUUCUCCACCAUUCAUUCUUGGCUGGUUUAUUUUAACAUCUGAACUGUCAAAUAUUUUGCAUAUAACAGAGAUCCCAACACAAAUUGUUGUGGAAAUCCUCAGGUCACAGAUCUCCAGCCUGAAUAUCGUACUUCUGCAGCAGCCUUGAAUAAUUUCUCUGUAAACCAGUCCUUAAUCUAUAUGACAACAUUUCUGUGAAUCCCAUGCAUCAUAAUAUUUUGUCCCAGCCUACCGAAAGGGACUUUAUGAAAUGGUUACUAUAAUCUAUAUAGACAGCAUUCUCUGCGUUCCCUCAUCAAUCACAUUCUUGGGCUCCUCAAAAAUCUUGAUCAAGAUAGUAAAAUGUGACCUGCCACAUAAUAAUAAUGAUUGGCCAAUCCUUUCCUCCUCAAGUAAAAGUAUCCUUUAUUGUUAUUCAUACCUUUCGGUCUGAAUGAAAUUUCGUGCCUUGCAGUCAUACAUAAAAAUAACAAAAA